UGAUUUGAUCGGAGAAGUCACGUGGGAGAAUACAAAGCAGCUGUUUUGAGGCGAGAGGUUGAGCUCCAACUUCAGCUCCUAUUAAGCUGAAGUUGGUGAUUUGUUAGCGGUUGCUCGUCGUUUAGUUGAAUUUAUAAAUAUACAAUUCUGACUAAACUGCGCAUGGCAGAUUUUUUUUUUUUACGAUGAUUUGUUAUUUGCGAAAUAAAACGAAAAGCUACAAGGAGCAUGUUAAUUCGGUUAACAUGAGCAGGUUUAUAACAAGCUCUGUAUUUUGAAAAUAUAGCAAGGAGGCUUGAGGCUCCUUAACUUUCUUAGCUUUUUUGGUCGUAUUUGCUGCAAAUACUGUCGUAGCUGUUCAUCUAGGAAACUACUGAAACGUGUUUGUUCAGGAUUUUAAUAUUCUGUUGCUGUGAAUUUGCAAAGAAUGUUACCAUUGAUUCAAAAAACAACUGUAUAACAGCAUUACACAGAAGUCUGCAUGUGGCUUGCUGAGAUUUUUUUUUUUUAGUAAUGGUUACUAAUGGGAUUAUUGAUGCAUCAAAAAAUUGACCCCCAGAUAAUUGGAAUCGGAACCAAUCAGAAUAAAUUCCAGUACUUCAGAUGUGGAUAUGAAUAGUAAACUUGAAAUGAGUUUUUUUCUAGAAAAAGGGGUGGUUUUUUUGCUUAGCCUUAAAUAUGCUUGAUUCUGCAUCUGUUCAAUGAAAAUUAUACAAUAUGCAUUAAAUAUUAAACCAAAGGCAAGCAUCCAUCCUUAAUUAUUUUACAGUUUAUGAUGAAGAGAAGGUGAUAGUUUUCUUGGAAUUCUGUGGAAUAGUAAUGGAAUUAAUUUUAGGAAGGAAUUCAGUGGCAAGAAGCUCACAAGCGAAAAUGAUUGCAUGGCAACUAACAUUAAAAUAGGUCAAAUAUUAUUUUUCCAUUUGAGAAAGAAUAUUCUGUCAGGAUUUGGUUACAAAGUUUUGCAUGGUUUGCAAAAAGAGCCAAUGAACUGAUCCUGGGAGAAAUGCACUGAUACUUGAGACAACAAUUAGCAAACAGAAACUUAAAUACUUUGGAGAAGUGAUGCAAGUAUAUGAAGAAUUAGCAAAAAACCUACCAUAUAGCAAUGGUAAAUGGAAGAUGGUAAAUGGAGGACAUCAGAAAGAUUAAUCGGAAUGUCUCUGAAAGGGCUCAAAAUUCCUGCCAAGGACAGAUGGAGAGGGAAAGCAUUUAUACAGGCAACAGAAACUGAGCCUGAUGCUAAUAGUGGUACCUUAAGAUGUUCAGUUAUUCUAUUGUACUACUUCUGUAUGAUACCUACACCAUGAUACAAACCUAUAUGUGUCUACUCAGGAAUAAGUCCUAAUAAUACAGUGGUACUUAUGUUCAGCAAACGGGGAAAAUAAUUCAGACGAGGCCUAAAUGUAAGAAAAGAAAAACAAAACCUGCUUAGUGAUCUCUGCACCUAUCCAUGUUGCUUAGUUUUUGAAGCGGGCAUUAACGGAGAGAAAAAGAAAAAGAAAAAGAAAAGAAAAGAUGAGUGAACCUUCAGAUGCUGCACAUGAAGGUCUAACCCUUUUCUCGCAGCACCAAGCCUGAUGCUGAACAGUCAAAGCUGUUUCCAGGGAUUACGCUGUGCAUGCUUGUCUGCUUAGUAACAACCCAUUUCCUCAGUCAAGAGACUCUUAACUGACUGCUUUAGAAAGAGAACAGGUAGCAUCAGUUUUGUACAUAACUUCUAUAUUACUGUACCAAGGAAUGUAGUAUCAUAGAAGAUUUCUUUUAUAGAAAUUGUUGCCACAAAAAAAGCCAGACAUGGCACGGAACUGCUCUGGUUGUAAAGAAAAGAGACCUGCACACAGUUUGUGUACUAACUGCAACAAGUGGCUUUGUAGCUUAUGUACAGAAGAACACAGCCAUAGCAAAGAAGCUGGAGGAGAACAUUUUUUGCCAGUCUCCUUGAAAGGAUGUUCAGGAGUUGAAGGGGAAGCCAAUGAAUGUCCCUUGUUUUGUCCAAUUCACAGCCAAGAGAGGCUUAAGCUGUUUUGUGAGACUUGUGACGUCCUUACCUGUCGCUGCUGCCUCCUGACGGAGCACAAGGAUCACAGAUUCAGGCAUCUUCAAGAAGCAUUGCAAAAUCAGAGGGUUAUCCUGGAAAACAUAACCUGCAAAGUAGAAGAGAAAAAAAAUGUAAUGCAAGUCUCAGCUAAACAUAUUGAAGACAGAUUGUUUGAAGCAAAACACUUGCAACGGAAAAUAGAAAAUCAGAUCAAAAUGGCCAAAAUGGUCCUAAUCAGUGAAAUAAAUAAGCGGACAAAUGUUCUCCUUGAACAGUUGGAGCGGAUCACCAGUGAAAGGAAGCAAAAAAUGGAACAACAGCUUCAGGGAAUCAUGAUGUUAAAUAGGCAGUUUGAACACGUGCAAAACUUUCUUAGCUGGGCAGUAUGCAGUAAAAGCACCGUUCCAUUCCUCUUCAGUAAAGAACUGAUUGUUUUUCAGAUUCAGCGUUUGCUAGAAACCAACUGUAAUGCAGAUGUGGGUUGUCCUUGGAAGAUCAGAUUCACAUGGGACCCGUCUUUCUGGACUAAACAACUAUCCAAUUUAGGCCACUUGUCAAUGGAAGGGGGGCCAAGCCACCAUUCAGAUGUACCAACCUAUGCAAGUAUACAAGGAAUGCAGCCAUCUCUGUAUCACCAUCAUGGCCAUCAUUCUCCAGUGCCACAACAUGACCCACUCAAUAACCAGCCCCACCAAUUUCAGCCUCCUGUCCAUUGCCUGGCACCCAUGUGCUGUGCCCAUUGCCUUAAUAUCCCACAUAUGAACAAAGGGCAGCUUUCUCAUCAAACUGUGAGCCAUCCUCAGCCUUUCCGCCAGCCUUCUGAAAUGCAGCAACACCACCCACAACAUUUCCCUGUGCAGUACAGCUUGCAGCAACAUGAGAGGGAGCAGAGGUGUGCCCCGCGAGUGCUGAAAAGCAUGCAGCCAUGUGCUGAGCAGAAAUCUCAUCAAGAGCCUGAUAGCCUAACUACCAGGUUGAGCAAGAACUCCCAAGAGCAGCCAAUGCACCACGCCCUUCCACCUAUUUAUCCCCUUUCGUCACAGGAUGGCCACCAAAGCAAAGGUAGUCACUCCCAGCAAAUCCCUGCACAGUCUUCUCUUCACAGUCCAACAGUGCAGGUUCAAGUCAGUCCCCUCCAGAAGCUAAAGCUGAAUAAUUUGCAGCAACAGCAGCCACCGCCACAACCACAGCCACCGCCACCACAACAGGAACAUCCAUUGCCACCCCCACCACCACUCUCACCUCAACAGUCGCCUGCCGCAGGCCCAAAUGAGAAGUCUCACGAACAAGUGAUACAACAGAGCUUGGACAUCAUGCACCACCAGUUUGAACUGGAGGAAAUGAAGAAAGAUUUGGAGCUUCUCCUUCAGGCUCAGCAACCAAGCCUGCAGCUCAAUCAGGCCAAGCAGCCUCAGCAUGUUCAGCAAACCAUUGUUGGCCAAAUAAACUACAUUGUCAGGCAGCCAAGCACAGUUCAGCAGCAAAACCAAGAAGAAGUGCAGCAAAUUGGUGAAGAUUCUGCUGAAUCAGAAGGUCAAAAACCAGCACUUCCUCUUGACAGAAAUGUGAUUCCAUCUAUGUCUCAGCCAGGAGAUGAAGCCACUGUCAACAUGCAAUCUCCAGAGAGUAUAUUGAGUCCAGUCAGAAAGCGGUCAGCUUCAAUGAACAUAGUGGGUUUUCCAAACAUUUUAGAAGUUGAUCUAUCUUCAUCAAGGGCAUCCAGACAAGCUGAUUCACAGGCAAAAGAAAUCUGCAGUGCAACAUCUAGCCUGUCCCAGAAUGUACCUCAUGUCUCUGAAGUGCUUCCUGAAUCUGUAUCUACUUAUAAUCUGUCCUUGGAUAGAACGAGGACCCUGAGUUCUGAAAAUAUCGAACACUUAGCAAUUGGUGGCAUGCCUUUGGUAAACCCAGUUUGCAAGCUGGAAAAUGAAGAGUUUAGCCAUGUGAGUUAUCCUCUUGGGAGCAAUAUUGUCACAGCGCAAUCAAAAGACAUAAAUGAAAUGGCUCUUCCUUUACAAAAUAUUCUGGAAGAGCCUAUUAAUCUCUCAGUGAAGAAAACUCAGCCAUGUACCUCCCCUCCCUUACUUAUCAGCAACACAACCUUCAUGCAAUCUGUUCAUCCCAAACCAGGACACACUGAAGAUUGUCCUAACUGUGAAGAAGAACAUUUUGAAAAGGAAAUUAAAAGUAGUCAGAACAACAGAAUUUGUGCCAAAGAAGUAAAAAUUCCUUAUGUGCGAUUGGAACGAUUGAAGAUAUGCACAUCAGAAUCUGGAGAGCUUCCAAUUUUUAAAUUGCAGCCACAGAAAAGUACACAUGAUGGGACAUUUCUGUUGAUUAUUGAAUGUGGUGCUCAGUCUUCAAGCAUGGCUAUUAAGGUCAAUCAAGGACAUUCAUCUGAAAGUCUAAAUUCUAAACUUGGAGAAAACCUGGAGAAAAGCAGGAUCCUCACAAGCCAGUUGACUGAACAGGUGUUACUUCCUUCAGGAGAUCACAGGCUUAGUAAUAAUUUGAAGAAAUCUGGGCUUCCUCAGGAAGAUCACACUAUUGAGAAUGAAGACUUUUGUGCUGUUUGCCUGAAUGGAGGAGAACUUUUGUGUUGUGAUUACUGCCCAAAGGUGUUUCAUCUCUCAUGCCAUGUUCCUGCAUUACUCAGUUUUCCUGUAGGUGAAUGGGUGUGCACACUUUGUCGCAAUGUGGAAACACCAGAGGUAGUCUAUGAUUGUGAAAACACACGAUUUGACUACAAUACACUCAUGCAAGCAAGACCACUUUAUAGCCUUGGUGAAUAUGACCAAAAGAAGUGUGAAAAAUUGGUGCUUUCACUGUUCUGCAAUAGCUUGAGUCUUCCAUUCCAUGAACCGGUCAGUCCCCUGGCUCGCCAUUAUUAUCAGAUUAUCAAGAAGCCCAUGGACUUGUCCACCAUUCGGAAAAAACUUCAGAAAGAAGACCAACUGCAUUAUACCACUUCAGAAGAGCUGGUAGCUGAUGUGCGCCUUAUGUUUUGGAACUGUGCAACGUUCAACUAUCCUGAUUCGGAGGUUGCUGAGGCUGGAAGGUGCCUGGAAAUAUUCUUUGAAAGCAAGCUCAAGGAAAUUUAUCCAGAGAGACGGUUCCCCUUGGUACAACAAGAUGAUUCUGAUUUAGAAGAUGUGGAACAUGAGAAUAGUCAAGCAACCCCGGAAGGAUUGCAGUGGCCUUCAUAUAGGCAAGAGUGUAUCCAGCCUAAAAGAAGACGAAGACAUGCUGAAAAUGAAAAACCUAAAAGACCCAUGUUUUGGCCUGCGAAAGGUUUCUCUCAAGUAUGACUUCUGUAACGUUGCUUGGUAUACUAUGAACAACAGCAACAACAAAGGAACUGACUUUGUAAGAGGAGGUGGAAAAUGUGUAUUUAAAGGCUUAACAUGAAUUUCAGAGUGAUUGAUUGAUUUUAUUUCUGUGAAGGGAGGAUACAUUCUAAACAUAAUAUAUUUUAAAGGGCAGUCACCAAGUUAUCUGUUAUGUUUCAUUAUUUAUAUUUAGACAGACGUUUAAUCAUGAAAUAAUAAUUAGUAAUGGUAUGCUAUUUUUAAAAUGAUUUUAUAAAUUCCUUUGAUUUAUAAUUUUAGGUAAUAUAGCUAGCUACCUGGCUGUUUUCUGUAGGCAGGACAUAUUUCCUACUUGGUUUUCUUGAAAUAAAGUUAUUAACUGUUAUAGGCAUCACUGACUAAGUCUAUCUUCUCCUACACUGAAGAAACUGAAUUCCACCUUGCAGUGCCAUUCUAGGCAUGUGAUGUUGGCUAAGCAGUGGGUGGUUGACUAUAUCCUAAGAGGCUAAAUGAAACAGGAGAUCUUGGUUUUUUUACUUAACAGAAUUCUAGAAUGUGACUCUACAAGAAAUAAAAUGGAAAGCACAUCAUGAAAGAAUGUUACUCCUGGAGAAAUUGGGAGGUUUGAAUAUCCUUUUUUUUGGUCUGAUUUCACUACUGUUUCCCCCCGAAAAUAAGACCCUAUCUUAUAUUUUUUUGAACCCCGAAAUAAGCACUUGGCCUUAUUUUCGGGGAGGUCUUAUUAUCUUGGGCCAUGUGGAACAAGAUGGGGCUCCUCUUGCCGUCAUAUCUGAUUUCCAGCUCUGCGUUUAAAUAUUUUCAGGGAGGGCUUAUUUUCGGGGGGAGGCUUAUUUUAGUGCAUGCACUCAAAAGCCCGAUUGGCCUUAUUAUCAGGGAUGUUUUAUUUUUUGGGAAACGGUAUAAAAUUGAGAGGAUGUUAUUGGAGCCAAUCAACAAGUGCGAGUUUUUGUAACUAUCGGAGUGAUAGAGGAAGAGAAUAUUUUUAUUGCCCUCUUUUGAUCAGUAUGGAAUCUAAUUUGAGAUAUAUUGAGCUCUGAUCAUGCUAUGUUCAUAAAGCCACCCAUGUGCCUCAUUCUCAAACCCAAGUGAAUUAUGUAAUUCAUACAGAGCGAUUGGAGGUAUGGGUGAUGGACAUUUUAUCUUCCCCAGUUCUCCUCUCUUAAAGCAAGGGUGAUUUAAUAGCUUCAAAGGAUAACAAUUUCCCAGAUAUACUAACUAGACGGUACUUUAAAUCAGUGUUUCUCAACCUUGGCAACUUUAAGAUGUGUGGACUUCCACUUCCAGAAUUUCCCAGCCAGCAAGGAAUUUUAAAGUUGCCAAGGUUGAGAAACACUGCUGAACACCAAGAGGGAUUUUCAGCACAACCUUUAUGAAUUCAUUCAAUAUUAUAUCCAUGAAUGUUUCAGUGGAAGGCACUUUAAGUGAGUUUAUAGAGUUAUUAGGAAGUUCAGAAUAUUUUCUCCAUUAUUGAUGUGAAUAAUAUUCAACAUAAACUCUGUAGAAAAUGUCUUUUUUUCAAUUGUAUAAUAAACUAGUCUAUGAAAGAAA